AUGGCCGACAGUUUACAACUGCUAAACGGCUGCCCUGCCUAUAUCGAAGGCGUUGAUACCUCAUAUGGAUAUGUCCCUUCACUAGGAGCAGGAAUUGCCUACUGCACACUUUUCGGUCUCUCGAUGAUCAUCCACAUAGUCCAAUUCACCUGGAAGCGCCAAUGGUGGGCAAGCGUGUUUAGUGUCGGAUGUCUGGUCGAAGUAAUUGGCUGGGCCGGUCGUACCUGGUCCGCCAAAUGCCCAUACAACGACACUGCCUUCCUGAUGCAAAUCUGCACCCUCAUCAUCGCCCCAACCUUCUUCACAGCGGGAAUCUACGUCCUGCUAGGCCGCUUCAUCCAACUCCUUGGCCCCAAAUCCUCCUUCAUAAAGCCAAACGUGUACCUCUGGAUCUUCUGCACCUGCGACAUAAUCUCGCUCGUUGUCCAAGCCGUCGGCGGCGGCAUGGCCGCCGAACAAGCCGAUAAGAUCGACGGCAACACCGCGCCUGGCACGCAUAUCAUGGUCGCUGGCAUCGUCUUCCAACUGUUCUCGAUCACCAUCUUCGCCGUCUGUGCGGUCGACUUCAUCCACCGCACUAUGCGCUACCGUCUGCUGCAGUCGGUGAACGGCUCGGUCCUUCCCCUGUUCGCUGCGAUGGUGCUUUCCAUCGUCUGUAUCUAUAUUCGGAGUAUCUAUCGUACGAUCGAGUUGGUGCAGGGAUGGGAUGGUUAUCUCAUCACUCACGAACCGUACUUUAUUGCACUUGAUGGGGCUAUGAUGGUCGUUUCGGUGGCUAUCUUCAAUGUGCUACAUCCUGGAUGGAUGUUGCCCAGUGGGAAGUCUGAUACGUAUCCAAUGGGCCCUACUUCGGUUGACCAACCGGACAAGUAUCGGGAUCCGCCUACUCACUGGUGA